AUGAGCGACGGCCUACUCCUCCUGUCCUCCCCGGCCUCUUCCCACUUCCCUCAUACUCAUCCACACGAGGCGGACCCUUUCCACAUGACCUCAACGAAGACUGACCCACCAGCCUCAUUAAAGCGGACCUAUACCCUUGUGUCGCGAUCAAACCCUCCAUCACCUUCAGACCCCCAGGACAACUACAACCCCAACCCAUUCAAGGUUCAGGCUCUUAGUCCUUCGAGGCUUUCACCGCGGCAUAUGUCACUGUCGCUGAAGCGUCGUUAUCCCUUCUGCAAAUCACCUACCGCGCCGACGAUAAUCACGAGCACGGGCACGGGCACAUCAAGUUCGCCGACAGUACCGUCGUUUGUGUCGAUAUUCGAUAUAGACGUAGAUAUGUCUGGUUGCUCACCUACAUCUCUCCACUCACAACACACAAUAGUCCAGAAGGGACCCAACAGCUGUUUACUCGAAGAUUCAAUCGGUCCUUUACAGCGCUGCCAGUCAGGAAGCCUAUCUACAUCAGCUUCAUCAUCAACUAAUUCGUCACCUACUACAACUAUCUCAACACUUGGAUCAGCAAUCACGGAGGACCACACACCAGAGUCCUCCCCGGAUUCGCUGGUCUCUGCGAUGCCAUUGUCUGCCCUCAGGUCAAAGAGCGAAGAUCUGGGAGUAGUGCCUCAAAGUCCAUUGCCAGGCUAUACUCGCUCUCUAUCACCUAGCAAGAAGCCGCGGAAUACCAAGAACUUGUCAUUAAAACCACUCAGUGUUGCUACAUCACCAGUACAGGCUGUUGGUGAUUCAAACAACAUAGUUAACCAGAGCCCGCGAUCAAUGUCGGCCCCAACUUCUCCAGCGUUCAUCAAGCCUCCCCCACCACCACAGAAUCCUCGCAGGCGACCGAGCAAUCUUGGACUGACAAUAAAGCUGCCCGGUGCUUUGCCUGAGAAGACGGCAGUUCAAGGUCCGCCUGCAGGGGGUAUCACAGCCUUGCGACACCACCAGUCGUCGCCGUCCUUGUUUUCCCCUGCGCACGGUGGUGUUCCCGGGGGCAUGAAAUUGCCACCAACACCCGGCUUCCAGAGGCCGUCAAGGCUGUUCUCACCCCCACGUCCAAGUUUGUCGACUUUUACAGCACAGGAUUCGCUUUCGUCCUCAUUAUCGUCUUCAUCAAUAUCGAACUCGCCUCCAAAGAGCCCGGAUGUUUUGCACGAGAUGGAGGAGGAGGACGAGGAGCCUCGGUCGGGCGAAGCGAAGUCACCUGCCUACCCUAGUGGACCGGUGUGCAUAUUCGAGCCCAACAUUUAUCUAUAUGCGGAACCGGACGCUGAGCUGGCGUCAAAAUUCGAUCUAAUUGUGAACGUUGCCAGGGAAGUUCUUAACCCAUUUUCGGAGGGCGUCAGGGGCCCGGUAAGCGCCCGGUUUGGUGGGUUCGAGUCAGGAACUAUGCCGCCUGACACAGCCUGCACCGAAGCGAGUUUCACAACCGCAUUCGAGGAAGCGCUGUUUUCACCAAUGGUGAAAACGACCGGAAGGCUGAGACCUAACGAACCGGAAUACGUGCACAUGCCAUGGGACCACAACACGCCCAUCCUGGACGAUCUGCCGCAUUUGGUCAACCUGAUCGACGACAGGGCGAGCUCUGGAAAGAAGGUAUUGGUGCAUUGCCAGUGCGGUGUCAGCAGAUCUGCGACACUGCUUAUCGCCUAUUCAAUGUUCAAGAACCCUGGAAAGAGUAUGCAGGAGGCGUAUGCAGCGGUCAAGGGAAAGAGCAGAUGGAUCGGACCUAACAUGGGCUUGAUCUAUCAGUUGACUGACUGGAAGAAAAAGAUCGACAACGAUGGAACACGCCCGGGAAAUGGAGGAUGGAGGAUGGGGAGCCAGUCCAGCGGAGGAGUUAGAGGACUGGUGUUGAAGAGCGGGAACAGGAAUGGGUUUGGAAGGGCUGGGACAAUGGACGAAGAGCGAGAGAGCGAAUCGAUGCCAGAGCCGCAGACCGCCCCAUUACCAGAAAUGCGAAAAACGCCGUCACCGCCGCCUCCCAGCAAAACCAGAGAUCACCCAAUCCCAGCGAUGGUUCGAACUCGGUCGGAAAAUGGGGGGUUUAUUUCGGGUGUUUCGCCGGGUCCUUCUUCGGCGCCGCCAGGGAUGAUUUCCAUCCCGGGGACGGAGUCAGGACCCUCGAAUAUGCGACAGUCGUGGCCUGAUUCGGACUCAAUAGACUGUGUCCGGGGCCGAUCAGAAUCACCUCGCGCAGAUUCACCGCCACCAUCAUGGGCGGAAGCAGCAAGGGAAUUGGAAAAAGAGGAGGUGGGUGUGAGCGCAACUGGAUUUGUGCCACAACCAAUGCCGCCAUCAGCAGCCUACCUUGUGCAGCGCGCUGAGAAGGAGAUUUUUGGACGAACGACGGCCGUAGGUAACGAGGACGAUGACCCGCCGCCUACGCCAGGCGGGACCUUCAUGAGCCCGAGAAACAGCGCAUAUUUCGGCGCGCCGAUACGGCGGUCCGGUGGAUUCUUCUUUGCAGACCCAAGGAGCCCUACACAGAGGGGUGGAGAGCCGCCAAUAGUCCGGAGCAUAUUUGAUGUCCUGUAG